GGAGAUAUAUUCUUAGAGUUAAAAAAAUGUCAGGUGUUGCUAAUGCUAAUCCCUAUAAUGCUUUGCUUCAACAAUUUCAGCAAACAUGAAUAGCCAUAGGUGAGACAGAAGCAGAAAAGGACCGAAUGUUGAUAGAAUUGGAGAUAGAAUGCUUACAAGUUUACAGAAGAAAACUUGAUGAAGCUGCAAAUGCAAAAGCUCGCCUUCAUCAGUCUGUGGCUGCCAAAGAGGCUGAACUCGCCACCCUGGUGGCUUCCCUUGGUGAUUUUAACGUUUAUUCGCUGAUAAAUGUGGAUAAGAAAGCUUCAUCAUUGAAAGGUCAACUCAUGAUACUCACACCAUUGGUAGAAGACCUGGAAUUAAAGAAAGAGGAAAGAAUUAAACAAUUUGCAGACAUAACGAGUCAAAAUGCAAAUGCCAUUAGUUCUGUAAAUAUUGAAGAACCUGACUUAUCUACCAGAAAACUUGGUGAAUAUCAGUCUUGUCUCCGUUCUACUCAGAAGGAAAAGUCUGAACGUGUCCAUAAAGUUUUGGCGUAUGUGAAUGAGGUGCAUUCAUUCUGUAGCAUUCUUGGGUCAGAUUUUGGCAAAACUGUGAAUGCGGUACAUCCAAGCUUACAUGACAUAAGCAUGGAACUAGCCACAAACAUAAGUGAUAGCACAUCGGAAGGUCUUGAGAAUGCCAUUUUGAAGUUGGAAACUGAGAAGAAAGUCCGGCUUCUGAAGUUAAAAGACAUUGUCAUGUCACUAUUCGAGCUUUGGAAUAUAAUGGACACAACAAGAGAAGAAAAAAGCUACUUCUCAAGAAUUACAUCGACUAUACGAUUUCCGGAAUCUGAAAUUGUCGAUCCGGGGGCUCUUUCAACCGAAAUUAUUCAACAGGUGUCAGAGGAGGUUGAGAGGCUCAAUAAACUGAAAGGAAGUAAGAUGAAAGAACCAGUUAUGAAGAGGUGGGCAGAAUUGGAAGAAAUAUGUUUCAAGACACACAUCAAACCUGACCCAAGCACGGCUGUUGACAAAUCUAAUGCAAUGAUGGAUUCUUGUUUGGUAGACCCUGGUGAACUUUUAGCGAACAUUGAAGUGGAAAUAAGUAAAGUAUCAAGUGAAGCAUUUAGCCGAAAAGAAAUCCUGGACAGGAUCGACCGGUGGCUUUCUGCAUGUGAAGAAGAAAGUUGGCUUGAAGAAUAUAGUGUGGAUCCAAAGCGCUACAGUGGUGGAAGGAGUGUUCAUAUAAGUUUAAAACGUGCUGAACGAGCUCGAAUUACUGUUAAGUCUAUUCCAGCUAUUGUUGAUAACUUGAUAUGUAAAACACUCACAUGGGAAGACUACAAAAAGAAGUUCCUAUAUGAUGGGGCACGAUUGGUGACGAUUUUGGGGGAAUAUAAACUUUCAAGACUACAAAAAGAAGAGGAAAAGAAGCGAUCAAGGGAGCAAAAGAAGCUCAGAGAGUUGCUACUUAAAGAAAAAGAAUCCAUUUAUGGGUCCAAGUCUAAUCCAAGGAGAGCAGGUAGUUUUAGAAAGUCAACAAAUGGGACUUUGACUCCAACCCCUCCUAGGAGUUCGAUCGGCAAUGCAACUCCUGAUCUUAUGACGCCACGAUCUUAUUCAGGACGACACAAUGGGUAUUUUAAGGACUUAAGAAAGCUGUCUACUGGACCACUUUGUUGGAAUUCAAGUAAUAAUAAUCACCGGAUGAUCCUGUGGAAUCUGUAAUGACAUUAAACAUAGUUGUCAUUGAUUUCGGGUUCCCAAAACAGGAUGAUUGAUUAAUAAUGAGAUUGAUUAAUAAUGAGAUGAGUAAUUUGACUGUA